UGCGCAACAGUACUGAUUUCGUCAACUGAAGUUUCCUGGUUAGUUAUUCUGCUAUACAAGAAAAUUCUUAAUUAUUAGCCCUUUUGUAAUAUUUGGAGUACAUUUUCCAACUCUAAUAUCACAAAGCUAGGCGCUGAGUAUAAGGCAAGAUGUCCGUUCUCAACCAGAGUGGGGAGGAGCAAGUGGAGUGUCCACUGUGUAUGGAGCCGCUAGAAGUCGACGAUCUUAACUUCUUCCCAUGCACUUGUGGAUACCAGAUUUGCCGAUUUUGCUGGCACAGAAUCAGGACUGAUGAAAACGGUCUGUGUCCGGCGUGUCGCAAAGCUUACCCCGAGGACCCGGCAGACUUUAAGCCUCUGUCGCAGGAGGAGGUGGCAAGACUGAAGGCGGAGAAGCGACAGAAGGACCAGCAACGGAAGCAGAAAAUCACGGAGAACCGGAAACAUCUGGCCAACGUGAGAGUAGUGCAGAAGAACCUGGUGUUUGUGGUGGGACUGCCUAUGCGCCUAGCGGACGCGGAGAUACUGAAAAAGCAUGAAUAUUUUGGAAAAUAUGGCAAAAUUCACAAAGUAGUAAUUAAUCAAAGUACAUCCUACGCCGGUUCACAGGGUCCAAGUGCAAGUGCUUAUGUGACGUAUCAGAAAGCGGACGACGCAUUACGAGCCAUACAGGCAGUGAAUAACAUAGUUGUAGACGGAAGGACUGUGAAAACAUCGCUAGGGACCACAAAGUACUGCUCACAUUUCAUGAAAAACCAGACGUGCCCCAAAGGGGACUGCAUGUACCUCCAUGACUUGGGGGAUUCUGAAGCAAGUUUUACUAAAGAAGAAAUGCAGCAAGGGAAACAUCAGGAGUACGAAAAGAAAUUACACGAUCAACUAAUCAAUGCUACAAUAAAUAGGAAGCCGACGCCCAGUCCGCCAGCUGUGAUGGUGGGACAAGGGUCGACCACGCCCCCGGCACCUCAACAGCCUACGACCAAGGAGGCCUGGCCUUCCCUACAACCUGGUCAGACACAGUCCUCCUCGGUGAUGGUCCCGGUUUCAUCGGCCCCGGCUAACGCUCCUCAACCUUCCCCUCCCAACACAAACACGCAACACAAUAAUAAAGGAAAAGCAAACAAUUCUAAAAGCCAUAAAAAGAGGCCACAAUCAGGAGAAGACAGGAAACCUAGAGAAAACGGCAGCUCGAGUAGUAGCAGUUCAAGCCACAGUCAUUCGCAACCUUUAUCGGAUCACCACUGGGAGCAGCACCAGCACGAGGCUGUACCAGUCAACGGAGAAGUGACACAUAAAAUAGCACCCCCUCCCCACUUGAAUAACACUCAUUCAGAGCCCAGUUUAAGCGGCAGACACAGGGCAGCCACACUUCUAGAACCGGAUAACAAUUCUUUCUUCUCGUCUAAUAAUUUUUCCAAAGUUCUCAACUCAAACUACACUACAGGUGAUAUAGGAGUUGACCUGUAUUGUUCAGUAUCGGAGUGGCCAGUUAAUGGGUUGAACCACAUGCCGGACGUACUUCCGCCCGUUCACCACUCAGAAGACUGGCAAGCAGCUUUCGGAUUUCCGCCUGUCCAGGACGAUCAUAAUGACUUGUGUGUACGGGAUGAUGAUCUGGGCUUUGACCCCUUCCAUGAAACCCAAAAAGCUUUUGCAGAAAUGAUGGAAAAAGAAGAACCAAAUCAUCAACACAAUUUCCAGCCUAAGCUAUUAGCAAUGCAGCAUAAUCACCAUAGAAUAAGUACAUGUACAAAGCUUGUAGAUGGGCUUCGGAUCGGAACAUCAUUAUCUCCACGGACCCGACUCCCGCCUCCAGGCUUUACGUCCACUCCCAAUCACAUGAAUGCCUUUGGCCUUGGCAUUCCACGAACAGGAAGUAAAACUUUACCGUUCAUGCAGCCUACUAUAACAUUUCCUCAACACACACCAGCACAAGCCUGGGACUGGACAGCGCUGGACCCUGCCAUCGUGACAGCUCAGCAUUGUGAGCUGUUCACAGCUCCCCCGCCACCUGGUUUUCCUCUACGACAGACUCUCGACAACUUAUAACGGAUCAUCUCAACCCCGGGGGCACUAUCUUCAUUCAAUUUGAUUGAUUAAUCAGUGCAAUUCUUUAUUCUGAAAGUAUUUAAAUAUUAAUUAAUCGUAAUAUAUUAUCGAUAUAAAUUUAUUUCUCUCGGUCUUAUAAUUCCGAUACCAUUUCAGCAGAUGCGAUUGCGUCUGUAUUCCUAUUCCACUUGAAAUGGUGCUAUGAAUCGCAGUCUGCGGCAUUGAAGAACAAAGAACAGCUCGAUGUAAAAACCCAAGUGCCAAACUCUUUGUACCUUUCUUUGGUGAAGGGCCUUCUUUACGAUUGUUUCAAAUUUCUGUGUAUUAUUUAUCUGAGAUAAAACGUUGAUCGCGGUGAUGAAGGUUUUGAACUCGUCAGCUGUUCGUUGUUGCGUUGCCCCCUGCCAAUAUUACUGCUAUAACUCAAGAGCGAAUGUUACUCAUACUUAUAAAAAAUAAAAAUCGGAUUAUGCGUUAA